AUGCCUCGCAGCUUUAUAAUUAAGGUACCAGCAUCAUCAGCUAACAUAGGACCGGGUUACGAUGUUCUGGGAGUUGCGUUAAGUUUAUACCUCGAGCUACACGUAACGAUUGAUUCGAAAGACGCAAAGGAAACCAAUCUCGAUGUUAACAAUUGUCUUUUGAGUUAUAGUCGUGAGAGUGAAGGCUUUUCUUCUGUUCCAUUGAGAUCAGAGGAAAACUUGAUCACGAGAACGGCGCUGUAUGUUCUUCGGUGUAACAAUGUGCGCAGCUUUCCCUCUGGGACGAAGAUCCGAGUUCAUAACCCCAUUCCUCUUGGACGUGGACUGGGUUCAUCCGGUGCAGCUGUUGUUGCAGGGGUUAUGCUUGGUAAUGAGGUUGGGAAGCUGCGCUUUUCUAAGCAGCGCAUGUUGGACUACUGCCUGAUGAUCGAACGUCAUCCUGACAACAUUACGGCAGCGAUGGUUGGGGGGUUCUGUGGCUCUUUCUUGCGUGAGUUGACUCCAGCUGAGGUAGAAAGAAGAGAGAUUCCGUUGUCUGAGGUGUUGCCGGAGCCAAGUGGUGGUGAAGACACAGGCUUGGUUCCUCCGCUACCUCCAACAGAUAUUGGCCAUCAUGUAAGGUACAAUUGGAACCCCGAUAUAAAAUGUGUUGCAAUUAUCCCAGACUUUGAACUAUCCACUGCAGAUUCGCGUGGUGUUUUACCCAAGGCAUACACCACCAAUGAUCUAAUCUUUAAUAUGCAGAGGCUGGCUGUAUUGACACACGCUCUCACUCAAUCUCCACCUGAUCCAGAGCUUAUAUAUUCCGCCAUGCAAGACAGAGUCCAUCAGCCAUACAGAAAGAUCUUAAUACCAGGCUUCGCUGAAAUCCUCUCCAGUAUCACUCCAUUUACGCACCCUGGAUUCCUAGGUAUUUGCUUGUCUGGUGCUGGGCCGACCAUCUUAGCUCUAGCUACCGACAAUUUCGAAGACAUAGCCCAAGAAAUCGUCAACCGUUUCACAAAGGUUAACGUUUCAUGUACCUGGAAGUUGCUGGAAGUUGCUUCCGAGGGCUCUAUUCUCGAAUGA